UAAGUGGGCUUCAUGCAAAUCUAUCUCCUGCCAUGGGGCGCAACCACCGCCAAAUACCCGUAGACUGUACCGCUUUUUCCACCAACCCACCUAAUUUCAACUUUGACCCGGAACGUCACCCCUACCACUGAAAAUGGCGACACUGACCAGAAUUUCGUCCGCUGCAACUGCAGUGCGUGUUGUGUGCCCCACUCUGGACCACAUGGUGACACAGGUGCGGUACAGAAAGACCAUCAACACCCGCUCCAAGAAGCACAUUUCAGUGAUAAAGGCAAAGUUGUUAUCUGUCACCAAAUGGAAAGCACCACAAGACACCAGAAUGACAAUGGCAGAGAGGUGUGGGCUAAGAGAGGAAAGGCUGCAAGAGACAGUUGUACAGGAAAACCCGCUGAGAGACUUGAUGGCAAAAGAGGCACGCAAUGUGUUGGAGACGAGCGGCAUGGUUGCUGUUCUUCAUAUCAGUGACUUCAGUGGUCCUGACAGAAGGGUUUUCUGUGCAAAACUGAAAGAGAGUGAUAUCACAGUACGUUUCUGGUCUAAUAGUGUCGCAGGCCUUGCUGUGCAAGACACUCCAUAUAGUACCUUGACUACCUUGAUGGUGGGGAUGAACAUGUAUGCACACAGCCCCGAUCCUCAAGUUGCACCGCUUUUAAAGGUCUUAAAGGUCACACCACAAGUUAGCUUACUAGGAGGACUUGUUGACGGCCUGUUGAUGUCCAAGGCAGACAUGGAACACUAUGCACAGUUACCAUCCAUGGAACAAUGCUACGGAGAAGUGGUGUCAGUCCUGUCUGCUGGAGUAGGCCAGACCAGUCAGCUGUUACAGAACCCACUACAACAGCUGUCCAGGAAUCUCCAGCAGAUCUCCAGCUCAGCGUAGCAUAUAGUGCUCAUAGGCAUAGCUGAACACACUUAGCAUAGAAUUGUUGCUCAUUAAACCCAAUAGCA